CAUAGCCUUAGUGGGGGGCACUAUCAUGGUUGCUACGUCAAACCCUUUUAAGCAAGACUAAAAUCUAAACGUUAAGAAUAUUUUAGGACACAAAAACAAAUUUAUUUGGUGAAGUGUAUGGCAAACCUAGGGUUAUACUAGUGAACGAGGGUAAGGUUUACGUAGGGUUUUAAAGAACAGAAUCGGAAUGAAAAGAUUGCUAAGAGCUUGAGCUCGAUUUCUUUCCAACUGGCUCGUCUUUGUAGCACAAGCUGAACAAGUAGCAGAUCAUCACAUUACAAAAUGGAUCGAGAAAAGCUUAUGAAGAUGGCUGGUGCGGUUCGAACUGGUGGAAAGGGUACAGUGCGAAGAAAGAAGAAGGCAGUUCACAAGACCACUACAACUGAUGACAAAAGACUUCAAAGUACCUUGAAGAGGUUAGGAGUGAGUUCAAUUCCUGCCAUUGAAGAAGUAAACAUCUUCAAAGAUGAGAUGGUUAUUCAUUUUGUAAACCCUAAAGUUCAAGCUUCUAUUGGUGCUAAUACAUGGGUUGUCAGUGGAUCUCCCCAGACAAAAAAACUUCAAGAUCUCCUUCCUGGUAUCAUCAAUCAGCUUGGACCUGAUAAUUUGAUCAAUUUGAAGAAGAUUGCUCAACAGUUCCAAAAGCAAGAAUCUGGUGCUGCUGAGGAAGAAGAUGAUGAUGAUGUCCCAGACCUUGUUGAAGGAGAAACUUUUGAAGAAGCAGCCAAAGAUGAGAUUUCUAAAUAGAAUGUCGUAGCCUUAAUUGGAGCUGGGGAAAGGAAACCCAUUCUUGGCCUGAGCUCUUAGUUCAAUAUUUAAUUCAUCAGUAAGAUAAAUGCUUUGUAAGAAAGAAUAUACAAAAUGAUGCUUUUCAGUUGGCUUAAUAAUUGCUUUUUUUGAUAUUUAUUUUGAUGAGGUCAACUAGUUCCACCAUCUGGUAGGAGUGUUUUGAGGAUUUUUUUUUGGUAGGCAUAUAAUUUUCCAUAUGAAUUGUGCUAAGUACAUUUGCAAGCCCCUCAUUAUCAAGGGAGUAAGAAGCAGAGGAAUGUGUUUUUUAUAACGUAA